AUGCAUCCAAAUUUAGCACUUCACAAACAUCCAAAUGAAUGUCACAAAUCAGGAUUUUUUAAAAAAUAUUUUGGAGGUUGUAAUGGACUUAAAAAAGAAUUAAAUGAAUGUUUAACAUUAGAGUUUAAUGAGAUAAGAAAGAAAAAUGCUGAUAAAGCUAAAGAACAGAGAAAAAAAGUUGAAGAAUUAUGGAAGGAAUUUAAAGAAUAA